CUCCACUCCUUCCUUCCUUCCUCUCCUCUAGUAUCCGUAUUAGACUUAAACUCCACCACUUACUUCCUUUUUUCCUCCUUCCUUCCUCUCCUCUCCGCCUACUAUUUUGCGCCCUUCCUUCAUUUCCAUCUCUCUCCUCUUUCCCUCCUCCCUCUUUCCCGCGUCGCUUCGGCUGCAUCGCAAUUCCUCAAAGCAAGCUUUACGCUUCCGCGUUUGCGAGACAAGUCAACUCCAUUCCCACUCAAUUUGCCGCACGCAUUCGCUCUCGCCCAUCCGUCCGUUUGCCCGCUUUGCACACCACAAAGAGAAAAGAAAACCACAACGACAAGACGGAAAUUUGUAGGAACAAGACCAAAUUCUGAGGCUCUGGAAGGCGCAUCUAUCUACUGGUGAUUGAUACCUGAAAACUCCAAUUUUAAUCUGUGUAUUAUUCUUUCGUCAAUUAUUUGCCUUAUCGCCUAUUCCGCCUUCGGUAUUCGGAUACAUCAUCGUCACCACCACAGCUUAAUCUCGACACACCGUCAUCGAAAUCAGACUGCGAACAGAAUUUCCACUCACAGAAUAAUCGAAAGCAUCAAAACAUUUUAUCAAAACUCCACAAGAGGAGGUUUCGAUAGAAGAUAAUACCUGGACCAUUCACAUCUGGUUAGGCAUCGUUUUGAGGACGUUGUCUGCUGAAACUGUCUUGGAAAGACAACAACCAGCUGGUGCUCGCGUUUCAGGUCGUGUGUUAAUCACCCGACUCACCGCUUGAGCGUGAAUAAACUUCAAACCGACCACGUUCCCAGGCGCUUUUGUUACCUGAUCACGGUCUGAGCAAGUACUCAACCCCGUUGAAGCUUGCUUCCCUCGAUCCUUUUCAACGACUCUUCGCUGAGGGAUCUACCGCUCGACAUUUCGAUAUCCUUUCAUCGAUCGCGUAUUCGCGUCGCCCUUUCCUUCAUCAAUUUUCACUUGUUUACUCUAUCGACUAUUCUGGAUUUAAUCUUUGACCCUCUCUCAACUUUGUUCUGUUCGAUCACCCGGCUUCUUGGAUUUGCCUCUUUUGGCUUCUCGCGACGCUUCCUCGGCAUACGUUUUGCAUCGACAAUUCAUCGGAAUCCACCAUUUGUCGAUUUUAUCGAUAUACCCACAUCGCUUAAUUUGGUCGCCUUGAUUUAUACAAACGCUACUUUCUAAUCCGACCGGCUACUUUCUUGAACGCAAGAACUAGUCGAACCACAUUCUCUGUCUAUUUUUCUUAUCUCUCGAAUCUUUAGAUCUACGAAUCCCGCUUUGAGCCAAGGACGCAGGCGGUCUCGCUCAAAAUGUCUUCCAACGGUUUCGCUAACGGCCUCUCCAUGCCCACUGGCGGCCUUGCUGCCCGUCGCGGUGGCCAAAACCCCAAGCCUCUCUCGGUUGAACUCAUCAACCAGACAAAGGAUCAGGACCCUGGUGCUCCCACCCCUCGCACCAGUCGUUCACACCUCCUUGCUGGCCUCAGAACGGCCCCCAAGUCCGCUACUGCUGCUUCCUUCGGCCCUCAAUCUCCCACGACCGCCGGUCCCACGCAGCAGUAUGCCCGGAACUCCAUGGCUGGAAAUGCCUAUGGCAUGGGCCAGGACAACGCCUACAACGCCCCCAAGACGGCCUAUCCCCAAUACGGUGCUCAGAACAACUACAACUCAAUGGUAGGCCAGCAGUACACUGUUGAACAGGUUCUGGCGCCCCCUGAGCUUGCCAUGGAUGAGCAGAACCAUGACGAUCCUGGCCUGUAUGCCCAGCUUCUUGCUACCAACAUGUACUUGGCUCAGCAGCAGCAGCGCCUUCAGCAGCAGCUUAGGAAUGUCCAGGCAGCUGCUCAGCAAUUUCAACAGCUGAACCUUAACAACUCUCAGUUCACACAACAGCAGAUUGCUCUGUACGAGCAGCAGCAGCAGCUCCAGAACCUGCAACUUAACGUCCAGGCUGCUUUCACCCAGCAGGCUCAACAGCAACAAGCCCAGCAGCAAGUUCAGCAGCAGCAGCAGCAGAUAUACUACAAUCCUAUGACUGGUCAGUAUUUUGUUGGAGACCCUCAGCCUUCUGUUCAGGUCACCUCGCCCUACAACGAGCAGCCCUCGACCCCCGGCUUUGGAGGCUUCCACCACCAGCAGAACACGCCUUCGGUGCAGGUUUCUCCUCCUGUUGAGUCUCAGCCUUUCUCGUUCCGCAGCAACUCGCCUCCCAAGCGCUACGAGUCCCCCACCGAGGUUGCCCCUCUUCCUCCCCCCUCUGCUAAUGCUUUCCGCCGUGGACACAAGAAGGCCUCAUCUUUGGCUCCCGUCAACAGUGCUCUAGCUGCUUCUUUGUCUUCUGACGCCCCUAAGUCUGCUGGACCUAAGACUUCCACUUUCCCAAUCACCCCCCUGACUGGUGGAUACGGACCUGGUCAGGCCCGUGCUGGAGAGCAUCCUAUCCGUCAGCCCCGUGGACCUCCUUCCCUGGACGAGCUCAAGGCCAAGCCCACUGCUAAGCACGAGGGAAGCAAGAACUUCUCUGCUCGCACUCGUCGUUCCGCUGUGCACAACCUUGUUCGUGCCGGCCUUGAACGCCGCAAGGGAACUGGUAGUUCUUGCGGAAGCAUGAGCCCCGUUUCCGAGACUGCCGAGGAGUCUUCGACACCUAUUACCGAUAACGAGUCCGAUUCCGGCCGCAGUGGAUCUGGUAGCUUAGCUGGUGAUAUGGAGUGUCCUAGCUCGCGCACUUCUGCUAGUGGUAGCUGGGGAGCUAUUGGCUCUGAUCGUCCCAGCUCGCGACAGAAGGCUCGCAAGAGUGUGGACAGUGUGGACAGUGUUGCCUCAAACACGGAGAGCGAGAACAGCUCUUUUGCUAAUGUGUUCAAGAACGGCGCUCUGCGAGCCGCCAAGGCACAAGACUCGGCUGAUGGCCAGCGCAAGGCACCUAGACUGGUGCUCACCAAGAGCACUCCCACUGCUUAAAAGGUGACGCUUCGGCCUGAACCCUUAUCCACUGUCACGAUUUACGCGCCCGGACUUUUUCUUUCUGUUCACACGACUGCUUGGACUGGCGGACUGCAUUUUGAUGGUUGUCGUUUAGUCUUUUCUGAUCACGCUGGGAGUCCUGUUACCAUCUGUAUGGUGGAUGAAACACGUUUUCCUUAUCUAUUUCCGCGAAUUUUACCAUUACAGAAGUUUUAUAAUUCACUUCACAGUCUCUCCUUCAGACUUUUCUUCUUCUUCGUCACGACAUUGGGGGGAUCGCCCGGGGAUAAUCUUGUCUCAGCCUAGAUGGACGAAUGGGUUAUUUGGGGGGUUUGAUGAGGAAUCUUUAUACCAAUGAGGAUGAGAAACCAUCACCGGGGAACAAAGUCUGGACUGGCGGCCUCUGUGAGGCAAUCAGCCAGCCCCUGAUGUGAUUUACGGCCGGCGUUCCUACGGGGACAAUGUUUCGGCAAAUUUGACAUUUGCUUUCUUGCAUUCGUUAAGGUACCACAUGUUGUCUUUCUCUGCUGGUCAUGGUCCAGGUCCCAGAAGACUUGGUUCUUCUCAUGUCAAGGCGUACAUAGGCAAUCAGGAGACCUGGUAUGCUAUCAUGGACCGAUAUGUGAACUGGCAUGGGGAAAGGCAUAUUCAUAGAUUAGUUUUACAAUGGCACAAUCACAAUUUGAAGGCCACUUGAUAUUUGUUUGUUCAUACAAUGACG